AACCUCGAAAGCUUUCAAAUUUAGUAUACCCCCGUUAUAAAAAUAGAAUGUCCUAAGUUCCUGUGUAUCGCUAGAGGGCGGGCGAGAGCGAAACUAAAAGUAGAGAUGUCAGAGACGGAUGAAUUGAAGAUAAAAGUUAGUUCUAUUAGUGAUGAUUAUAGUAUAUCAUGGAAUCACAGUCUUGGUACUGGUGUAAGUGGACCUGUCAGACAAUGUACAGAAGUAUCAACUGGUCAAAAGUUUGCUGUGAAAUGUAUUCCUGACAGUGCUAAAGCUAGACGAGAAGUACAUAUUCACUGGCUAUGUCGAAGUCAUCCAAAUAUAGUUGAUAUGAAAGAUGUUUAUUGUAAUAAAAUUAAAUUUCCUGAUGAAAAGGAACACAAAUCUCGACUGUUGGUUGUAUUAGAAUUAAUGGAAGGUGGAGAAUUGUUUGAUCAGAUUAGUAAACAACAUAAUUUUACAGAGAAAAAAGCUGCACAUUAUCUACUACAAAUAUGUCAAGCUGUCUUCCAUUGUCACGCAUCUAAUAUUGCUCAUCGAGAUCUUAAACCAGAAAACUUACUGUUAUCUGAUAAAACUAAUAAUGCAGUAUUAAAGUUGUCAGAUUUUGGUUUUGCUAAGUUUGAUGAUGGAAAUCUACAGACUCCAUAUUUUACCCCAUAUUAUGUUGCUCCUCAGGUUCUGGAGGCUCACAUACAGAAACGCUUGAUCCGUAAAGAUCCAAGUGCCGCAACUAAUAAGAAGCCAUGUUUUUAUGACAAGAGCUGUGAUAUGUGGAGUAUAGGAGUCAUAUUGUACAUAAUGCUGUGUGGUUAUCCCCCCUUUUAUUCAGAAACACCGUCCAAUCAUUUAAGCUCGAAAAUGCGAAAAAAAAUCUUGUCUGGUGAUUAUGAAUUUCCAGAAGAUGAUUGGCGGGAUAUAUCUAAGUCUGCUAAAGAUAUAAUUAGUAGGUUACUGCACAUCGAUCCCUCUCAGAGAAUGACCAUAGAUGAACUAAUAAUACAUCCAUGGUUAUUAAAUCCUCAAGAUACGAAACUCAGAUCUCCUGUAGUAUUAGCUGACAAGGAAAGUUUAGAAGAUAUAAAUCUAGCACAUGGUAGUGAGCUAAUGGUGAUGAGACUAAAUAGUACAAAAAUCUGUCUCAAGCCAAUCUCUACAGCAAAUAAUCCUAUUAUUAAAAAAAGACAACGAAGAUCUUCUGUAGAAGAGUCUUUGGGAUUGGAAGAACCCCCAUUGAAAAGUCCUUCAUAUCUCAGCAAAAACAGUUGAUAUGAAAAGGGUUUUAUUGGAUCAGAAGAAAUCAGUGCUGCCACCUAUUGUAUCUUAACAAAGAUUUAAAACCAGAAAAAAAACCUAUUUUAGUCCCUGUAAAUAACAGUGUUCAACCAAAACUUCUUUUUUGAGUAGUUCAUUAUACUGCUGGGAACAUUUUGUUGAUAUGCCCUUUUUGUAUGAUAUUAAAUACAAAUACCAGUUUUUUUCUUUUUGUAUGACAUCUUUUGUGUAUGGUAUGUCCUUUUUGUAUGACAUAUUUAUAUUGUAAUAGAACAAAUUAUUGAUUGACAACUGAUUAAAAAUGGAACUGACAUAAUUCAAAUAUUUUAACCUGCAUGAAUUUAUAGUGGCCUGUGAUAAUGACAAUUUUUAGCAUAAAUAAUAUAUAAUGGCUUUUGGCUUUCUUUGCUGUAUAUAACUUAUGAAUAUUGUAUAAUUUCUUUGCUGUAUAUAACUUAUGAAUAUUGUAUAAUUGUUGCCAGAGUAGUCAUAGUCAUUGUAGAAAUUGUUACUAUGGUCAUAUAAGAUGUAUAUUAUGUAAUUUUUUGUUUAUUUAAUAGACUAUACUUUAAACCCUCCGUGACCCCCCCUCCCCUCCCCUCUCCAAAACAAAAAAGAACAAGGACUAAGCUUCAAAAGUAUCCUAGAACAACCCCUAUUAGAGAUAUGGUCAGUAUAAUCUCAAUCUACUCUAAUUAAAAUAUAGAUCUAUAUUUCGUUUUGUUUUUUAUACUUUCGAUGGCCUACACUACAUGUAGAUCUAACAAGUUAUAGUGCGAGUUCACGUUCUAUGACGUCAGGUACCAAGCAAGCGACAUUUGACCCGAUAACGUCUGUCAUUCGAUUAACCAAUUAGCGACCGCCAUGCUUUUUUAAAUCUACUUUUGCUUUGUUUUGAUUUCUAUGCUGGUAAUGUCUACCCACAGUUCCGGGCAAAAAAGGUCAAACGCUCUAUUCGUCAGACCAUUUGAUUGGCUGACCCCUCAUUUCAAGCAGAACACGAGAUAAAUAACAAGUCUUCCAGAUCCAAGUGUAGUAAAGACAAGUAAAAACGAAAUUUUGAACUAUAAAAAACGAAACGAAAUUGGAUUGGUAUAAUCUUAUUGGGUUGAUUUCAUACCUUACAGUUGACAUAGAAUUGUUACUACUUAUUUAUAAUUGCAUGUAGAUAUUUUUAUAACAUAUUAUUUUAUUAUAUAUACAACCUUGUUUUAGUCAUUAAUGAACAAGCAUAGUGAUUUUACACCAUACAAUUAUUUAUAUUUAUAUAGCCUUAAUGAUUCAAGUUAUAUUUUAUAGGAUUUUAAAAAGGGUGGGUCACAUUCCUGAUAUAAAAAUAGAUAAUGAAAUAGUCGUAAAUGGCAGAUGAAAACUCUACUCACAGUUCAUGUUCUCGAUAGUCAAGUACCUAUGCCAUUAUAAUUGAUCAGCAUUUUCAAGCAAUAUUACCGUUUAACGCAGAUAUGGUGGGCAUUGACUAAUCCACUCAAUAUAUAAGCCAUUGGAUUACGUAGAGAGUUGAUUAUGGGCCUGUCAUGUGAAUAAAUGUCUAAAUAAUAUUUGAUAUAACAUUUGAGGCCAGAAAAGCGUCUUGCAAUAGGCAAGUUUAGCACAUAAAAUUAUGAUCCGAAGUGUUUCUUCAAAACUCAUUUCCUGUCUUCGAGUGCACUGUGAAAAUAUCACUGAGACUUUAAUCGAAGGAUAUAUAUCAGGGUUCAUUAACUUAUAGGUUCUGUGGGCGCUAGACAGUGAACCUUGUCUGGUUGAUGAAAUGUGUAUUCAUGUAGAAGUUGUGUGUGGUAAUGAUCAUAGGUUUCUAGUGGAGGUUUAUAAUGUCUACUUUAAUAAUCAUUUAACAAAUCAUGUUAUUAAUGCACGGCAUUUACUAUGGCUAUUCUAUUAUAGACUAUCGUCAGCUAGCUCAACCAGUACGCAGUUAAACGAAAAUAUUGACUCGCCAAUGGAAGGGUUUAAUAUUGAGGUGUUCUAUCCUUGUUUUUGGAAGAUGCCUAUUUCUGGUAAACCCCAUCUUCAAUAGAAGGAUUGAUCUCGCUUAAACUCCGUACAUUUUAUAAAACUCGCGGUCAUUGCUGAUAUAAUCAUUUCUUCUUACAAAUUGGAGGGAUGGGCGAAUUGGUUAUUUUAAAUUUCUUAAAUCCUAAAUAAUGCCCGGGUCAAAUUUCCCAAUGUGCCUUCAUUGGCUCGGUUGGUGCUGUGCGGUAAUACGUUAAUUCCCUUUAACUGGGACUCGGCUUACAUUGUAUACAUUGUAUAAAUCCUGUUACUUAUACAUUAAAAAUGCAUAAUGUGCGAUUUAAAUAAACAGCUGACUGUUCUUACUAUAAUAGUUCAAAAAUACCGGUUAGCUGGCCUGUUACCGAGACUAUUGGUUUAUUGACAUGAAACGGCAGGCGAGUUGAAGCUAUUUUUAAAAAAUUUAAUGGUACAUGUAUAGGCAAUACUUACCUUUUAGUGCCUCUGAUUGUACUUUGUUAGAAUUUAUGUUUUUAUUAAAAUUUAAGAUUUUUAUGUAUAAAUUUUUUUGAUGGUUUUAUGUAAACUGUGCGUAAAAGUGAAAAAAAAAAAUAAUAAAUUGUAAUUACACUAAA